AUGGCGGAUUCAGAUGUUCCCGUUGCGCUUCGGCGCACGCCGAGGAGGACGGCGGCGAGUGUUCGGUUUCAGGCUUCGUCCAAAACUUCAACAAAGGGGCAAUCUUCAUCACGAACAGCCCCACCAAAAACAUCAGAUUCGGCAGUUGCAACGACGCCGAGGAGGAAGACAACAAGAAAACGCGUGAGAUUUUCGGAUCCGGGACCGAUUAUUGGGAAUGGAGCAACACCAGUGGAAGAUGAGGUGUCGACGUCUUGGACGGGCCUGACACCCAUGAUGUCCCGGACUCGUCUGGCCACAGGCACCCCUAAGCGCCGACACUUUUCAGCACCAGUCUACUCAGCCGCAAAUACCAGUUAUGAAAGCGAAGAAAUCACCUUCCUUCCCCUCCGCCAAGUUCUCGAUGGCCGGGUUAAACGCCGCAUCAGACGGAAUGGGCUCAGUGAGGAGAUGAACACCAUUUUCGCCGAACGAAAGUCCAAGGCAAAGCAGACAAAAGAGGAGAUGAACCGUCUGAGGCAGGAAUUAGAGGAAAAGGACGAGGCGAUCAUGAGAUUACAGCAGGAGACGGUGAUGGUGGACACAGACCGGGUAUGGGAGCUGGAAAGGAAGGUAUCACGGCUAAGGAGGCAGUUGAGCCAGAUGUCAGGGGCAACAUCAUCACCCUCUAGGCCGUCAACAGCAGCAAGCAGCAGCCCCCCACAGCAAGACUGGACGGACGCCGCUCGUGAUCCCUUCUCAAAGGAUGCCUACUCUAUGGAUCUGGGCAUGGACGACGACCUCCCAGGCAACGACACAGACGAGGAGAUGUUUGGCGAUUCCACCAUGGCCGAACUAGCAUGCAGCACGCCCACCCGAAAGCCAAACGCCACAGUCCACCACACCUCUGCCUCCUUCCGGUCGUCAUUCCCCACCCCGCCAUCAACCAGCCCAGCUCGACAAUUCAACACCACCGACGACCCCUUAACCCCCUGCUCGUCCAAGCCCCGCACCACAACAACAACAACAGCCACCUCAAUCGCAAUCCAAACCUCCCUCCCCGACCCCGCCAUCCCCCAUCUCCAAACCAAACUAUCAACCCUCCAACGCGACCUCGACAUCUUCAAAAACCAGUUAACCUCGCACCUCUCCCUCCCAACCGGCACCGCCCCCUCGGACAUAUUAUCCUCCCUCUCUCAAACCCUCACGUCCCUGUCCGACAAGACCCACGCGUUGACAACCCUGAACAAAUCCCUCUCCUCCCUCGGGUUUGCCCCCGCUAGCACUCCAAACCCAGACGCGCUGGAUAUAAUAACCGGCAUAUCCUCCACCUUGCGCUCUUGCCGCCUAGAACUGGAGUACUUAUUCCCCGGGGAACUAACCCUCCCCUUGUCUGGUUCGGGGGGACAAGUUCUCAAGAUGAUGGUGCAAAAACUGCAGGAGCUGGACAAGAGGAGUAAAGACGCGGGGGAAGUGAUUGAGGAGUUGCGGGAGCGGGAAAGGGGGUUGAAGGGGGAGUUGAGUGCCAGGGUUGACUUCACUGAUCACUUACAGGAGAGGUUGGCGAAGGAGCAAAACGACAAAAAAGAGUUGGAGGCCAAGGUGGAGGAGUUGAGGGAGGCGGUGGAUAAAUACACCAAUGGCAUUUCCAAGCUAGAAACCCUCAUCAGCGAUCUGGAGGAGAGGUUGGAACGGGAGAGUAUCGAUCAGCAGCUUCACGUCACGGCGCUGGAGCGGGGGUAUAGAGACCAGUUGGCGGAGGUGAAGACGAUGUAUGAGGAGGAAUUAAACGGGAGGGAGGAGGCUAUUUUGGGAUGGCGGGCUGAGAUUGAACGGGUGAGGGGGGAGUUGAGAGAGACGGGGGAGUUGGUGGGGAGGUUGAAAGGUGAGGUGGCGAGGGUGGGUGGGGAGAAUGAUGCGCUCAAGGCGGAGAAUGCGGUUAUUACUCAAAAGUAUGAGGCUGAGAAGAAAAGGGGGAAGAGAAUUGUCGGGGAGUUGGGACGGGUGCUGGCUUUGGCUCGUGGGGAGGAGAGUGAAGAUGAGGAAGUUGUGCCGUCGGCUGGUAUUGAAAAGGGGACGAAAAAGAGGAGGUAUGACGGUCGGAUGGGGUUCACGAAUGAGGCUGAAGCCGAAGAGGUUGAAGCCGUUGGGGUUGUGUGA